CAUGAUAUUAUAUUUGUAUUUCAUUAAAUUAUAAGAAAGGGCCAGAAAGAUGCAGAGUGUCGAAAAGAGCGGACAUCGUUAUUCAGGCUUUGCAUAAGAGAGUUACAAUUCCAUGUCAUUGUAUUACACGCUUUCUGUGUGUUAUGAAUUUAUAUCGGUUAGUGUUGCAGUGAAAGACAGAGCGUAUUACGGUCUCCAGUUCAUUACUGUCCAAGUAAAAGAUAGUUACGCUAACAUAGGUGAACCUCUCAUCUGUCAUCAGUGAAGUGCCGUAUGUCGCCAAGUUAUCAGUUUUCAUAUAUUGUGUUUGGCAUGUCUUCCUGCAUUGGUAGUGAAUUGUAGCUAACAGAUAAAAUUUCAUUUUGGAAGAAGAAAGUGGCAGCUGCGGCUUUUUUUUUUAUAGGAGACUGCUCGACUCAAUGCUGCCGUUUCAUCCUAACCACUUAAUUUUGACAUGAAUUUUGCGUAGGAAACAGUGCCGAGAGAUCAUACAAGGAUGGACAGGGAAACUUGCAGUACCCCACUAACUGUUCAUGGAACAGUUAGUCCAAAGUCACCUUCACGCUCGCUCACAGGAAGCCCAGUGGAUGACAAGACCUCGGUGUUAACACCUGUCGACCGUGCUUCACCAGAACCAAACUGUGCAAUCUGUCUGGGAAAACUACAAAAUAAAUCCUUCACAAAUAGUUGUUUGCACCAAUACUGUUUCACGUGUCUACUGGAGUGGUCAAAGGUAAAGGCAGAAUGCCCUCUAUGCAAACAAAGUUUCCAGUCCAUAAUACACAAUGUCAGAUCUAUUGAGGACUAUGAUCAGUAUGAUUUAUUACCAAAUGAAACAGCUGCAGCACCCACUGCGACAACCACUGUAUCAGUCACUGCUUCAUACCAUUGGACACUGCGCGACAUGCCACGAUUUCGAUACAGGACAACAAUGACUGGAAAUAAUGGCAGAUUUCGUAUAGAAGAAGUGAAUCCUGUAGUUCUGCAGCCACUCCCACCAGCGAGACGACCUCAGCGUGCGCCUUGGACUCGGUCUCGUAGACAGAUUGCUACUGCAGAAUUCAGACGCUCAAUAUACGAGAGAAAUUUGUGGGUCAUGCCAUUACAUGACAUUACAGGAAGAUACAGGGAAUCUUCUCCCGAAUUUUACAGAAACAAUCCAGCACAGCUGCAUAGAUUGCUUCCUUGGCUUUCUCGUGAGUUGUCAGUGCUUAUAGAGAAUCAGUCACGGUUGGCUUUAGUUUUGGACUGCAUUCUAAAUAUGCUGCAGUACCAUUCAGUUAACAGCAGCAGUAUAAGAAAUUAUCUUCGAAACAAUAUCAACCCUAGGCAUGUUGACCAUUUUAUCCAUGAACUUUGGACAUUUGCACGUUCUCCAUAUGACAUGAUUGGUUUUGACGAGACUGCUGAGUAUGGUUCAUAUGAAGCUCAUACAAUAGAGCUUCCACCGUCACCCCAUUCAGUACGUGAUGAUGAUAGUGAUGUGGUUGUGAUAUCAUCAGAUGACUCAGUUGACUCAUCACAUGAAACUGUUGCAAAUGAGGAUGAUAAUGAUAUUGAUGUUGAAGGUGUUGGUGAAGCUUCCCACCUAUCUUCCAUUAGCAGUCGUUCUGGGAGACAUGGGAAUACUUCACGCCAUACUUCUCAGAGAGUGCAAGCAGGUGAAAGUUUGCAAGAUCAUUUGUAUACAGCAAAUAUAAGAUCACAGGCAUCAGAUGUUGUUUCAUCAAGUGAUUCUGAAGACUGUGUUAUAGUUGGCUAUGUUAAACCAUUGCAUGAAAGAACUCCAGAAAUUGUUGCACUCGAUACAGAUGAAGAUGUUAUAGAAGAGCAAGAAACUUCUUGUGAAACAACUGCAAACUCUAAUAGUAAUAAGAUAAAUGACAAUAACUCAAAUAAGCUGCACAGCUCAGAUACAGUGAGUCCUGUUGCCUCUACCUCAGGAUCUCAGCGAGAAAUGCCUGAUUCCACUGCUGGCUGCUCUAACUACAUUCCAGAUUCAGUAAAAAGUUCCCGUGUGCACCAACACAAAGAAAAGAAAGUUCGUUCCAGCAGAAGUAGAGUCAAGAUUAAUAAGAAGCCAACAAGAGCGAAAAGUUCACAAAGCAGUAGUUCAUCCCCUUUUUCACCAGUUGGUCUAAACCGUUCAAAACAACUCAUCUACAGUAGUUCAGACACACUGAGUAGCAGUCCCAUCAGGCGUCGUAGAUCUAAAGGGAAGCGACUGAAGAAAUUACCUUAUAGCUCUGAUUCAUCGAGUGGAAGUUCUCGCAGGUGCCGCAAAGCCAGAGUGAGUAAUUUAAGCAAAUUGUCGUGUAGCUCUGAUUCAUUGAGCAAGAGUCCUGUGAGGCAUCACAUUUCUAAGGAAAGAGAAAGUUCAAGGUAUGCUUAUAAUUCUGGGAGAUCGUCAUUAGAUGAUUAUAGUUAUCCACUUGCUUCAAGGAUUUCUGUAUAUAGCUCACCAUAUUCUUCUGAUGAUGAAAGUAUUUUUGGCACUGAACAUAAACCAAAACUGCGAAGCAUUGUUAUUCCGAAACAAACCAGCACUUCAAAUACUAAAGGUGUGUCAUAUCCCUCAACAUCAUCGACAUCAUCUAGUUCAGUUCGUCAGCAUGAGCCUUCAUUGAAUCCGUGGAAUCUGUCUAGCCGUGGCAGUAAAUCAAAGCAUAAGUCAAGGAGGCAUGACAGGAAAAAGCGGCGAAGAAAGGAGCGAUAUACUUCUUCAUCAUCUUCAGAAGAUUUUGUAAUUCGUCAUACCAAACGGAGGUCUGAAAAUGCUGUAAUUUAUUCAGACUCUGACUAAGGGCUUAAGAGCCAGGUGCAUUUUCCUUUUAUUGUAAAUAAUAUAUAUACUCGUGUUCAGUUCAAAGUAUUUCAGUAAGUUAAGCAGUAAAUGUGUAAAUUUUACGGAAGUUGUUAUUUUUUUUUUUUUUUUUUUUUUUUUUUUUUUUUUUUUUUUUUUUUUUUUUUUUUUUUUUUUUUUUAACGUAGUGCAGUGAACAUAAUAAUGUGACAGAUUGCAAUGCAGGAAGACUACAAGAGCCGUACAACAGUGCUUGUAGUGUUUGUAAAUACAGUGCUAACUGCGAUAAUAGAAGUUCGUCAUAAAUCAUCCAGAUGUGCCCUUAUUUAUUUUUUGCCCUGUUUUCUUUUCCACUUGGCUGUGUGAAAACAUUACGGGUUGCUGCUGGUUAGAGUAAAGACCAUUUAAAGGUGCUUUGUACUUAAAAUCAUGAUUGCAUUGUAUAUUACUUUGAAAGAA